CCAUAAAUGAGUGAAUACUUGUUGCGAGCGGCGCUCGGUCCGCGCACGCGCUCUAACCCACAUUGAUUUUUCCCAGUUUGACAGUUCGACUGAUGUUGUGGGCACUGGCCUUACAACAAAGUAAACAAAAAAAUGGCUUUAGACUUUUCCGCUACGUAUAAGCUUUUAGUAUUAGGUGAUUCAAAUGUAGGCAAAACUUGUAUAGUGCACAGAUACUGUGAUGAGAGAUACUACGACGUGUACAUAUCCACAAUAGGCAUAGACUUCAAGCAGAAGAUAAUAAACCUGGACGGGGUACCGAUCAAGCUGCAGAUAUGGGACACGGCUGGUCAGGAGCGGUUCCGCACGCUGACCACCGCCUACUACCGCGGCGCCAUGGGCAUCAUCCUCAUGUACGACAUCACCAACCUGGAGUCCUUCAACCACCUCUCCUACUGGCUGCGCAACAUACAAGAGUACGCGUCCCCAGACGUGAUCAAGGUGCUGGUGGGCAACAAGUGCGACGUGCACGACAACCACCGCGCCGUGCCCAAGGAGAGAGGGCAGAAGAUAGCAGACGACUUCGACAUGCCCUUCUUCGAGGUGUCGUGUAAGAACAACGUGAACAUCGAGGAGGCUUUCGUCACGCUCGCACGGCGGAUCAGGGAGUACAGGGAGACUAAGGCGGACGCGUUCGAGCUGAGGGAGCGAGACAGCGUGAUCAAGCCUUCCGACUCCGAGACCGACGUAUCCAAAUGUAGCUGUUAGCCGCGUCCCUCGCCUACUGCAGAUAGUCACGUCUGUAUCUCACGCGCAGCCGCCUAAUAUCGCAAUAGACACUUAGAAAACUUUAAUAGCUAAUUAGACAUAGUUCUUUCCCAUAUUAAUUCAAUAAUAUAGUCUGCGCGUUAGAUAUGAACGCGUCUACCACAGAGCUCCACGUCUAUUGAUUGCUAGCAAGAUGUUACGACGGUCCUGCUAUAUAUCGAUAGCAGUGGAACUCUGGAUUUGAAUUGAAACUGUGAGAUGACCCGUUGGACGUAUCUGAAUGAAGCGACAAUAAAAAGACAUGCUGAUGUAACGACUGAUAUGGGAAGCACUUCGCUUAAUUUACCGUUGUUAUACACUAGUCUAGACGUCUAGUUCGCGCUUUCGAACACAAAUGUGUUUGACGAACUGAUUGUGCAAUGUUUGUGGUGCGUGUUUAAUCGUGUAAACGCCCUCGUAUACAUGACGGCACAAUUUGCUCAAAUAUUCUUACCACGUAACACUUUAAUAUAAUAUAGAUAUGCAAGCACGUCUACGCGAAUACGCAACUAAAUGAAGAAGAGUAAUCGAUCGAUGGUGUGAACACACGCCCAUGUCGCGGCCGUCUAGACAAGGUGCAACAGAUGUGUUUGAAGGUGUGCACAUUUAAACGGGUGAUUUCUCAGUGUAUUUGUAUAUUUAAGUACCCGCUUGGAGCAUCUCUGUGCUGCGUGUACCGUGUCGCAUCUCACUGCUCGAUGUCGCGUCGCCGCGUUACAACGAUACCAAACCUUUGUUAGUUGGCAAGUUAGCAGAGACUGUGAUAGAAUCAACAGGUUUAGAGGAACUUCUAGUACAAUCUCUGUCAACUGAUGUUAAACGCACUAUUGUUGGUUUCACCUCGAGACCUGGACUGUGGAAAAACACACUAUGACAACUAUAACAAUAUUCAAACUCCUUGUUUUCCAUAUUGUCUUAAAAGGACAUUGAAAUGUUACUGUUUAUACUUAAAGUUAAAAGUAUUGAAACUCUAUGCAAUUAUAUAACUUGCUCACCGAUACUAAUAGGCUACAUAGAAUCAAUAAGAAGCACAUUUUAAUACCGAAUUUAAAAUAUAAUGUAGGUGAUUCAUUGUAAUAGAUGAGUGUUACUAAAGUUGCAAAUAAAUCAUACUUUGCCACCGCUAGUGUAGUCUGAAAUUGGAACAUAAUUUAUUAUUUUCAUACUUAUAUGUAAGCUUCAUUCGUGAUCACGAUAAAGCGGGCUGGUCCCAAUAAUACAUCAAUAUUACUGCUGGCAGUAACAUGGUCAUAAAAUUUAGGUACCUACUCCUUACUUUCCAAUAGAUUCUGAAAUCUAUCAAAAUACUACUACUUUUUGCGAAGUCAAAUUAAAAGAUUUUUUCACCUUAAUAAGUAAAAAUAAUCAUUAUAAGGUUGAAGUUUGAAUAUAUACUUAGGUAGAUAUACCAUAGUGUCAAAAAUAUUGUAGAAAUAACGUAAAAAUAUAUUCCUUAUACGUGUACUACGUGAAGCAUGUUCGUUGCAUGUGGUACUAAUUGUAGCAUUGUUAGUAAACUUAGUUCCAUUUGUAAACACAUCUCUAUCAGAUCACACUAGCAGUGGCUCAUCAACUCGGCACAACUAAAAUAAUGUUAGUUAUCAACAGUUCUAUGUACAAUAAAAAGUUU